AUACUAAAACAUUAAUUCUUUACUGCUAUAAGUAAAAUUUAUUACUUUUAUAAAGCCUUUUUUAACCUUAGAUAAUUUAUUUAAAAUCCUCACAAAUAUUUUUCUGUAUGCUCUCUUAAAUGCACUGCAGUUAAUGGGUGAUACAUUUUAAUACAAUACCAGCACAUAAGUAUUUAGUGUAGAUAUUUACUAGUAUUAGUAUGCGGCAUGGGCUGCCUUUCUUCAGUUUCAGUCAGUAUAAUAAAAAAAACAAUUAGAAUUAGAAGGAUAUGAUUAUGUUGUUACAUAGAUUGCAGUUGAGCUAACAGAAGAAACUUUCCACACGUCUUAAUUGCUCCACGUAUUGUCAUUUUAUCAAGGGGGGAUAUAAAUCUAGAAGUCAUAAAAAUGAUGAAUUAGACUGAUUAGUGAAAAAGCAUACUUCAGAUAGAAGGAAGUCACACUGACACAGGUGACACAAUUCCCGAAUCAUGGCUCUAGUCUAGUGAUCUCAGAUAAUCGAGGAUUCUCUUAUCCUAAUGACACCAGACUUGGCCACGUCUGUCAAAAGUGUAAGGACUGGACUGGCAAGCUGUUCACUUUUCAUUUAGGACAUCUAUUCAUCAAUUAAAUGGCACUCACGUACUUAAAGCUGGUUUCAGUGCCUUUAAUAUGUGUGAUAAUUUCCUAUUAUGCACCCAAUUAUGAAGUAGUUACUCAAUCUGUCUGUAAUAUGACCUAUGGCUAUGUGGACCAUCUGCUUUUCUUUUGUAAAAUAUCUGAUGGAAAAAUAAUUUUAGAUGCUAAUUCCUUUGAGAAACCACUCCCGGAGUACUCAGAAAUGGAAGUUUAUGAAUUGUGUAUGCUGAAAAACAGAGAUGAAGAGAGUGAGAAAAUUAGGGGUAAGAAUCUUAUCCAUUACCAUUUGAAAAUAUUUGCUGAAUGGCUCACUCAAUUGGGGCAUAUAUAUUUAUGGAUUGGUACUUUUGAUCUACUGGGGUUUAGAUUUAGAGAGAAUCAACCCAACUGUCAACUCCAAACAAAGUAUAAAAUGGAAAAUUUUAAUGAAAUUUUCAAAUUCAUAAGUCAUAAGCCUAUAUAAUCUAUAUAUUUUAACUCAGCAAAAAAAAAAUAAUGAAGUACUCUUCUAGUUGUGAAAAGUAGUAUUAGGUUAAAUAUAGAAUUUAGAAUGCAAAGUUAAUGUUUUAUCAAAUAAUUCAAUAAUUAUUGAUUUGAAAAAUAACUUAUUUGGGGGAAUAGAGACCUAAAUUUAAUUAUUUUUUUAAUAAAAACACCAUCUGUCGCAUCAGGCUCAGGUCCAAACAAUUUGAUUAUUAUUGAAAAUAUGUAUAACUAUAAGCGCAUAUUAUGUAAGACACCUGAGGUAACUUUUUCCACAAUUUUUAUUCAUCUAAUAAAUUUAAAUUCAUAAGCCUAUAUAAUAUAUAUUUUAACUCGGCAAAAAAAAUAAUAAAGUACUCUUCUAGUUGUAAAAAGUAGUAUUAGGUUAAAUGUAGAAUUUAGAAUGCAAAGUUAAUGUUUUUUAAAUAAUUCAAUAACUAUUGAUUUGAAAAAAAACUCAUUUGGGGGAAUAGGGGCCUAAAUUUAAUUUUUUUUUAAUAAAAACACCAUCUGUCGCAUCAGGCUCAGGUCUAAACAAUUUGAUUAUUAUUGAAAAUGCGUAUAACUAUAAGCACAUAUUAUGUAAAUCACCUGAGUUAACUUUUUCCACAAUUUUUAUUCAUCUAAUAUUUGAUUUUUUUCUCAAGGCUAUCAUCAACAUGGGUUCAAUGAAUUUGUUAGUGAAAAAGUUGGUCUUGUGCGUGAAGUGCCUGAUGUGAGAAAUACAUUGUGAGUAUUAUCAUUAAGUUUUUAAUGGGCAUGCUGUCAUCAGUUUUUGGAUGUGCCGCAAUAAAAAAACAUAUGAUGAAAUUGAAGUGAGUGUUCCUAAAUAUGGGCAUAGUCAUUUAGUGUAGAUAUUUAGUGGUUUUUUGUAUGCAUAGCAAGAUGCUUGUUUGUAUCUGGGAAUUAGCUAGCUAAGUUGAGCUGGAAAUUUACAUUAUCUGUAGGAAAAUUUCAAACUAGUUCCUAGGUUUGAUGCUGAAGUUUAAUUUCAAAAUGAAUAUCUCUGCUUCUACUCUUCAAAAUGUUUUGUACUGUUAACUUUUAAAAUAAAGAUGUCAACCCUCUAUUAGGCUACUCACUUUAAAGUUUUUGAUGAAAGCUUAGAAUUAAUCUGUACCAUACUAAUCUAAGGCAAAAAGUUGUUAAACUGUUUGGUAUAUGGUAUGGUUAUAUUUAAAAUAAUAUUUUUCCUGAGAUUUUGUAUUGAUAAAGAAUUUAUUUAAAGCACAUAUAUCCUUCUUGCUAGGCAGCUAAGUCAGUAUUGCAAUUGCGUAAUCUAUGGAUUUAAUAUUACAAUACUCAUUCUCACUUUUUUAAGUCAUCAUGUGUGUUAUGAAUGGCUAAAAGUGUGUGGGGGGUGGGAAUUGAUAUAUUAUUGUAGCUAGAAAUAGCAAAUAUAGCACCCUAAAGUAUGGCAGUACCGGGUAAUUUAAUGCAUAAAAUAUGCAAUUAAUUUUCUCCUGCCCUUUUCCAAAAAUAGGUUAAAGCUUUCUAAAACCCAGGAUGCAGUCAAAAAAUAGAAAUAUCCUCUUAAAUAUUUAUGAUUCAUGAUACAUUCUUUUUUUUACAGAUGUCAUGACAAAAACUACAGCUCACACCUUCCAAUGGCAAGUAUCAUAAUGUGCUUCUACAAUGAAGCAUGGUCCACACUUCUUCGUAGCAUUCAUAGUAUAAUAAAACAAACACCAGCUGAUCUUCUCAAAGAGAUUAUUCUUGUAGAUGACAACAGCAAUUUAGGUGAAUGUUGUUUUAAUUUCCGCAUACACUUAAAUAAUUCUAUUUAAACAUUUGCUUAUUUGUAUUAAAAACUCCAUUAUCGGUCUCAUUGAUAUUCUAAAUUAAUUUAAUGGCAACUUGUCUACAAAAUUUUAAAGUUCACAUUCUUUUAUGUAUUUUUUUUUAAAUUUUAGUAAGUUUCCAUAAUGUACACAACAAACCUUGAAAACUAUCUUUAAAGAAAUUUUGAAUUGUUAAAUUGUAUUUAUGAAGAGAGGCAGGAGAAAAAGAGAAAGACAGAGAAAAAGAUAAUAUUAAAGAGUGAAUGAGACUAAAACUAGGUGAUGCUGUGCGAAGUGUAGAAAACAGAGAGGAAUGGAGAAGGAUAGUUUUCAUGUCAUCUGUGGCGCCCAAACGGUCCAAGGACUAAGGGACAUGAUGAUGAUCUAUGAAGAUGAAUUGUACAUUUAAUUUUAAUGUAAAUAGAAUUUUUCAAUGUUUCAAUUGUAUGAUCACAAAGUGUUAAACUCAAUAUUUAUAUUCAGUUAAUUAGUUUCAUUUUUUGUUUUAAACAGCCUUAUAAAUUAACAUUGUUAUAGGUCACCUUGGUGAGAAACUGGAUAAAUAUAUUGCCAAAAAUUUCACAAACGUGAAGCUUGUAAGGAGUAAAGAGCGCUUAGGUCUGAUUCGAGCGAGAAUGGCUGGAGCUAAACAAGCUACUGGUGAGGUAUGAACAGUUUACUGUUAAAAUAAGUAUGCUGUCAGAAUAUUUAAAAUGAAUGGUAAAUAAAGACUGAUUGUGCUGUUGUGAAAUAAAGUCACAGUGCCAGUAAGACUGACUUGUUACCCUUAUUGUUUGAAAUGUUGAGAAAAAUGGCCUCUCUGACCAUAAGCAUUAUCCCAAGGCAAGGCACAGUGAAAAGGCAUCUAGUUCUAGUAAAAUCUGGUUCAGAGCACUUCAUAAAGUUAGCACAGGUUAGGGACCAGGAUAAAAUUAGUAGAUCUCAAUUAGGGGCCAUCCAAAUAGUACAUAUACAAAAAUGACAAUCCCCCCACCCACCACAUGCCUACUUUUUGGACACCUCUAUGUAUACGUACAAUGAGCUUUUGACACAUGCACCCCCCCUCCCCCCAAAAAAAAUUUAUGUGUCAAAACUUUUCAAUGCUGACUGUUUGGCAAGCCCAGCUGUGCCCAAAAUAUGCACAUCGUCACCCUGAGGUGCCAUAAUGCCCUGGGGCAAGGCCAUGAGAAGGGGAUGGGGGAGGGGGAAUAAUCCAUAGAUAGGACCUUAAUUGUGAAUUAAACUAUAAAAUCCCUUUUACAAAGACAAGGGGCGCCAAAAAUCUUCUUGUUACUGCUUUGCACUUUUUUCUAUAUAUUGAGAGGUACCAUUUUCAGGCUCCGCUGCGGGCGCCACUUUUCCUUGGUACCACUCUGCCCUGCUGCGGCUUCCUCAUAGGGGCACAAUGAAAGAUUCACAAUUUUCUUUUCUUUUUUAAUCCAACAUAUUCUUAGUGGCUUACAUAUGCUUGGUGACCUACCUACAUGUUCUAUGAAUUUUUACCCAACUCUUAUUUUUAUUUAAUUUUUUUAAUGAAUUAGGUAUUUCAAAGUGUACUUGUAUGAAUUUAACUUGGGGUGCCUGGUGAAAACCUGAGCCUAAUAAGUGGGACAUACGGUUUACUAAAUAUUACUCUAACUAGUACUACCUGUACUGGUGCUCACUUGUGAAAAUACAAGGUAACAGUAUGGUGAUAAUUCCUUCUGAAUAAUGCAUUAUAUUUAUACAGCUUUAGAAGUAUAAAUAGAUAUACUAUUUAUGGACUGUCAGAUAAUUAUUGCAGAAUUUUUUAAUAAAUGUACAUACCAUCUGCUGAGACCACCCACCCUCUCCCCCACCAUACGCACGAGUAUGCUAACUCUCCAAAGAUCAACAACCCCUCAGUGCUUGUACAUACUAUAUGGAUGGUCCCUUAUCACGAUGUAUAAAUAUGCCAUUCCAAUCUUUAAAAUGCCAUUAAAUCUAACUUGAGAUAUCUUCAUUUCUUUGUUAGUUUUAUUUUUCCUUCUAAAGGUGCUAGUGUUUCUUGACAGCCACAUCGAGGCUGGAGAAUCUUGGCUUGAACCUCUUCUUGACAGGAUAGCCAAGAAUAGAAAGACUGUGGUUGUGCCAGUUGUUGAUACCAUUGAGGCAGAGACCAUGAUAUAUCGCAUGGCUGGCAUCAUGAGAGGAGGUUUUACUUGGUCUCUGCUUCACAACUGGGAGAAGCUGCCCCUUGAUGUUUCAAAAUAUGUUGAAAAGAAUGCUGACCCCUUUUUGUGAGUGUUUUUGCAUGAAUCUGUCCUGUACUAUAUCAAAAAUUGUUUUUAAAGGAUCCAAAGGAGUUCAACGGCAAAAAAACAUGAUCAUUGCUUUUUUUAAAAUUAAGUACCAAGAUCAAUAUUAUGAGGAAAAUUAAUUGACAGUACAAAAUUUGGUUAGAUAAUCAUAAAAUUGCUGCAGGUCCCCCACAAUGCCAGGUGGCCUAUUUGCUAUGGAGAGAAACUACUUUUAUGAGCUUGGAGAGUAUGAUUCUGCAAUGGAUAUAUGGGGAGGAGAAAACAUGGAAAUUUCUUUUAGGGUAAGCUACAAAUGAAUUUUACCAUAUUCUUAAAGAAUAUGUGAAAUUGAUUUAUUUCUAUUAGGUAUUAAGUGAUAUAUAUUUUUAAAUUGAAUAGGAUUAUUGAGCUUUUAAAGAUGUAUCGAAACUGCUAAAUAUUUAACCUUCAUGUGUUCAUAUUUAGAUUUGGCAGUGUGGUGGUAGGCUUGAGAUUGUACCAUGUUCCAGGGUUGGACAUGUUUUUCGUCAGUUUCGUCCGUAUGCAUCUCCCAAUGGUGAAGAUACAGCCACUAAAAAUGCUGCUCGUGUUGCUGAAGUGUGGCUGGAUGAAUAUAAGGUUUGAAAUAUCUUCCUAUUAGAAAUAUUGAAAAUUUGAUUUAUAUCACUAAUUUUUCUUCAGCAUACUGUAAAUGACUUGCUAGUUAUUGGGUACAGGUAACGGUGGCUUGAUGUCAUGACCCAUUUUUAGAUAGGUGAGAUAUUUUGUACUUUAACUUCAGAGGAGGGAAGAAAUAUGUUUGAUAUUCAGUGCAACACACUAAAUGUUUGUGACCAGCAAUUCUUACUUCUUUCAGAAACAUUUUUUUGAUCUCCGUCCUUCUGCUAAAACAAUGGACUAUGGAGACGUAAGUGAUCGAAUUGAACUGAGAAACAGAUUGAAUUGUAAAUCUUUCAAGUGGUUUCUGGAAAAUAUACAUCCUGAACAGGUAAAAAUUAUAAUUAUUCAAGUGCUUUUAAAUAAAAUAUAUAUAUUAACAAAAUGUAAUAUUUUGUUUAAAAUAGUGUUGGUUUUGUUACAUUCACAGACCUGUUUACUCUUACGAUUUUGGCGUACAAUGUACGAUUUUUAGAUGUCUUUUACGAUUGUACGCCGAGACCCCCCAAAACUACGGUGACCCGGUGAACAAAUAUUUGUGUCAUUUUGUCCGAUUUAAAAAAAAAAUUAAAAAUUUUCGGUUGUGGAAGCCCUUUUGGCCCCGCAUUCAAUGGACCCAGAAAAACUAUGGGUUUUUGUAUAUAUUUUUUAUAGUUGGGACCAUCCUUCAAUAUUAUGUACGCACCGAAAAGGGGGGUGGCGGUUGUUGAUUAAAGAGAUUGGUGGCAUACCAGAAACAUGGGUUUUGGGGUGGGGGGGAGUUUCAAAAGAUAUAAAAAUAUCACCGCCACGCAUCCUAUUGAUGGUGGUGAUGGUCUUAGUGUUGCUUUGCGUGUCACAGUGAACCAGCUAGCUGUGUCAGCAGCAAUCUUUAGGCUAGUCGCCUGGCAACAACUUCACUCACCACCUCCUUGGACUGCUACUGCUAGCAAGCGUGUGUUCGUCUGAACCGCGGGGAUUGUGAAGAGAGAAAACUAGAGGUGUGAGAUUUAGUCAGUGGCAUUUAAAAAAAUAUUUUAGAUCUCGCAAAGCAGCUCUAUCCAGAGGCGUAGCGAGCGGGGGGCAGGAGGGGACAGAUUCCCCGGGCGCCAGCUAGUUAGGUGGCAUGUUUCUUUCAGAAAUUUUCCCAUGGGGGAGCACUUCAGAUUUUCGGGGAAGGGGUACUUCAGAUUUUUCGGGGGGGUGGGGGGGCAGUGCCAGCAGUUCCAGUUGAUUUAUUGUUGGACAUAUUUUUGCUCCUGGGGGCACUUGGCUUUCCCCGGGGGAGGGGCACUGCCCCCCCUCCCAGAGAUAUAGCUGAAAGAAUCCCUGUUUAGGGGCGCCAAAAUGUGCUUUGAUAUUAUUUUAUUGAUGAAAAUAAUGGGCUUGAGAGUUGAAAAAAAGAAAAAGGGGCACUUUAAAAUGGAUCUUGUCCCCGGGCGCCAAACACCCUCGCUACGCCUCUGACUCUAUCCCCUCAACGAUUUUAAUACAAUAAAACAGUUUUGUAUCACUACUGCUAAUACUGCGCCCCCCCCUCCCCCCCCCCCCAUUUUUGUUUACAGCUUGUGAUAGUUACUAGUCUCUGAUACUAUAGCAGUGGUCGGCAAGCCGCGGCUCGUCCAGUCAACUACAAAGCGGUUUUUACUCCGAAAAACAUGGUCCUUGACAGGUUCUUGAAAAUAAAUUUGGCUCGCAAAAUUUGUUUAAUGGUCCUGCUGCUGAUUUGGGCUCUUUUGACCAAUGAGUAUGCUGACCACUGCUCUUUAGUAUGUGAACGUAAAAACUCAGGGGCAUAUUGGAUAGGCGAGGGCACUAUGUUUUUCCUAUUAAUGAGGGUGGGGGAAGGUGGGUUCGUCACCAGCACGGAAAUACGUGUUAGUGGACUAGUGUGUUGUCACUAUGUCGUGUUAAAUAUGACUACUACAGCGACCUCUUUAUGAAAACACAAAGCAUUAGUAUACGGUAUACGAUAAAUGCGAAGCAUUGUGGUGAUAUUUGUAUAGCCUUAAUAAUAAUAAUAAUAAUAAUAGACCUAAUUAGAAUUCGUGGGUUUCAGAUUUUCAUGUGACAGUUGGCUCUAUAAGAGACUGUCAGGAAUCAGGAUAAUUAUUGUAGAAUUUAUGCCUACAUGUAGGUGCAUUCUGGUGCCCCCCCCAACCCAAUCAAAACUCAUACGCAUCCUCAGCGAGUAAGUCAUAUUUGGAUGGCCCUUUAACUUUAAGUUAGCAAGGCGUGCAGCUGGGGGCGAGCUAGGAAUCAUUGUUAACUUUUUCAUUUUUAUUUGAAAUGUUAUAUAUGGGCUGUUCAAACAGCUCUGACGCUAGAAUUUGGCUGCAUUGACCUAUGUGCACAUUGCGUGAUUUUAAUGUUACCAUUAUCAUUAAUGGAAUCGGCAAUCAUUCUUGUUUUCGGUUCCGUAGUUGACCUCACUUAGUAUUUUACGAUAUGACCUCGACAAAAAGAAAGGCUCGCGGAAUGGGCGAUGAAGAAGAAACUUCUCUUUCUACCGAUAAACAUCCGAUUCAACAACAGAAAAAGAAAGUUUAUCAGCAGAUAGUCUUGCUUGAAUAUCAGACUAAAUUGACUGGGUUGCGUUCUUUGUCGAAUGGUCCAUCAUGCGCGUACUGCACAAUUACACAAUCUGCAAGUCGGACUUUUCAUGAACAAUCUAUCAGGGACAAAAGGAGUGGUGUUGAUUUAGGAAAUUUUGGGUUUGGCGUGGGUCUAAAUACUUAAAUCUAUACAAUCAACACCGCGACAUUUCCGUAAUGACAGGUUGGGGGGGGGGGCUGUUCCUCGGCAGAAAGAACGUACGUUAUUUAAAAAAAUCUACAAUAUUCAUCUCCUAACUCUGAAAGUCCAAAAAUAGCAUUCUAUUUAUAUCUCGAAUGCUGUAAAAUACCACCCGAUGUUUUGUAGGAAUUAUUGCGGUGAUGUUGUCAAGAUGUAUUUUCACCAAUAAACUCGUUAGCAGUAGUAGAGAAGUUACAGUUGUGUUUAGUCAUGAGUGUUCAGCGCGCGUGUGACGCAUAUUUCGUUGGGCUACGCCAGUGGUUCUUAUAAUUUUGUUUCCCGGCGCAUAUGUCAUAUUAGGUUUUCGCCAGGGUUUCCUGGAUGAAAUUCUUACAAGUACACUUCGAAAUAGGGAAUACACAAAUAAAAUAAAGGGUGGGAUAAAAAUAAAUAUAUCGUUUAUGGAGGUAACAAACAUGGAGGUAUCUACAGCAGAUGCAGGUCUUCAAAAUGAAGUGACCGCAGUUUGCAGUUAACGUCAGUCGAAUACUGAUUACCUUACAGUUCCAUUUUUUAACAAACCGCUGAACUGGAUGCCACUGAACACGCUAUACCAGUAGAUGCUGUAUACAUUAUAUAUUAUAUAUACUGUAUAUUUAUGUAUUUACUAUUAAGAUACUGUAUUGUACGAUUUUGAGACGAUAUUGUACGAUUUUAGGAGUUUGAGGGUAAACAGGUCUGCAUUCAUUCAUUAAGUGCUCCUGUGAGAAUGGCCAAGGGACAUCACUUUUGUUUAUCGGCUGCUUCUGUGGGAGUUGGAUGCAUUGUCACAUUUCUAUUCAUUUUGCAUAUAAAUAUCCACAUUCCGAAUGCCUGAAAAUGCCUUGCUGAUCCUAGAGUGUUUUCCUGGAGUCAACUUUAUGGUCUAUGGCACUGCCAGUUUCAGCUAGUGCUUAAGGUUGAAAGGAAAAUUAAUUUCCACAUUUCACUAUAUAAACAAAAUUCCUCAAAAGAAUGAGCAUGAAAUUAACCAAUUUAAAAAAUAGGUUUCUGAACUUGCAAUUUUAUGAUUACCAUAUAACCAGGUUUAUUUUAAAUAAUUAAACUGUACUUGCAUUUAAAAGCAAUUCUAAAAAGUCAUUUGAAAUUUUCAUUUUUCAUUAUUAGCUUGUGCCUGGAGAAAAAGCUAAGGUUCCUGGAGCCUUCCACCAACCUAAAGAGCUUAAGAAAGACAUAGUUGUUGCUCAAGGAAAGGUUGGUGUAUAAAGUGAUAAAGUAAAAAAUAUUUUCCUGUUUUUGUCUUAGCUGAGUUGGUAAUAUUUCCUAGUAUAAAUUCUUUUCUGACAUCCAGUAACAAACAAAAAAGUAAUGAUCUUAAGCAGGGGGGGGGGGGCUGAAAGACCUCUGUUUUCUUGUUCAUUUGGUCGUAUUGUUUCAGUCAUUUAAACAAAAAUAAUUACCUUCUCUUAUCCUUUUCUCCAAGCUUGUGCAUUUAUCUUCCAAACUUUGUGUAAGGGCCUUGUCAGAGCCACCUGCAAAGGAAGAUCCUUUAGUCUUAAGUUAUUGUGAUAGUAGUAAAGGAAAAUCUUUGGUAAGUAUGUAAUGCAGAAAGACAUAAUGUUGUAUGUAUCAGAUUUAUAAUUAAAGAAAAACUAAAAGUACUAUUUUCAGCCAUAGUGAGCUAUAGUUUAAUUGUGCAUAUUUCAAACAACAGCUUCUAAAAUUGCAAACCAUUUCAAUUUUCUCUAUUUUAAAGAUAAUUUUUUUAUAUUUAGUUUAUAGCUUAACCCUUACGGUACUGACCUACUUUUUGCUUUUAUUGUCUCAGUACCGGCCAUUAAUUGGCUAAGUAUUCCCUGUGGCCCAGACAUUAUUUUGGAAUGAGUCAAAAUUUGAUAGGAUGUUAAUUUAUUUUUUCAAGCAAUUGAUAAUAACAUGUAGAGAAUUAUCUGUUCAGAAAUGGAUAAGGAUGUUAAAAAAACUCUUCUAAUCCCAAUUAAAUUUCAAUAAUAUUUUCAGAAUAAAAGGUUUCAUCAAGUGGGCGUAAGUCGCCAUCAACAAUAGCGAUUAAGUAGCGCCAUGGAAACAACAAAUACAGAUCCGUUAAAAAAAACUCAGUAAUUUGUCAAUUUUCAUAAUUUAAAAGGCAAAUUAAAAUUCGACUAUUCCCCUAACGAAUAAACAUUCUGCCCGAGACUGUGAUGAAAGGUUAUAUCCUCAUUUCUGUGUUAUAUUUGAUAUCCCUUUAAGUCAUCAUGAACAAUAGUCAAUAGCGCUGGUAGCGCCACACUUGGGCCACAGGGAAAACGAUCGGCUGGUGAAAAAAGAGGCGCUUGGGUCACAGGAAAAAAUUAGGUCACUGCAAAAAGACGUGCCGGGUACUGUAAGGGUUAAACAAAGCACUAAUUAAACUUUCAUAUUUUUUAGCGGCUGUUAAUUUUAAGUAGAAUAAAUGUGUCAAACUUAAUGUUGAAUCCCAGCCAAUGAAAUAUUUGCUGAUAUGGUGAACAGCUAUUGCCAUACAAGUUUCCUAUUUCAAUCCAAUCUAUGGUUAGAAACAUUUGACUUAAUCCCAUAGCCCAGAGCCAGUUGCAACCUUAUAUUCAACAGGAUUUCACGGUCACAGAAGACCAUCAAAUAAAACUGAAAGAUACUAGGUCAUGUCUGGACACAAAGGAGACAAAGAGAGAUUCAACUAUCGUUUUUUUUAUGAAAUGCCAUGCCGGUGGUGGAACACAAACAUGGCUACAAAAACACAAUAAAGUAAGAUAUGAUGAAAUGUAACCUUUAAAUGAUAGUAUUGCUUAAAAUUUAAACAAAUUUGUAAUUUAAAAUACUAUUUUAAACUUUUGUUUGCUAUCGAAAUGGUUGAUGCAUGCAUGCAAUCUACCAUAUUUUAGUAAAUAGUUUCAAAUUAUAUUUCAUUCCAUAUAUUUUGCUAUUUGUUCUUUUCUUAUUUUGUUUUUAAUGAAUAUAUUAAAUAGUUCAUAAAAAUGUAAAUAUGAAAUUAAUUUUAAUUAUUCUUUAUCUCUUCCAUUAUUUCAGGACUCAUUCAUGUUGUUUAAUCCAGCUAGUGGCAAAUGUUUAUCUGCACCUAAAGGAGAAAAGUCUCAAAAACUUGUAAUGGACAUUUGUUCAAAAGGAACGGAACAAGAUUUUAAAAUCAACAGUUUGAAGAGAUAAGGGAAAUAUUUAUUUAACAAAUUGUGCUUUUUUAAUCAUCAGAGUUUAGAACUUUUUGGGGUCUUUAUAUGUACUAAUUUAUACAUCUUGAUAUGAACUUGAUAAAUGGAUAUUACAGCAUUAAUUUAAAUCAUUUUCAAUAGCAUUCCGUUUAUUAAAGAGAUCAGACUGAAAUGAUAACUAAAAUAAGACAUAUGCAAACUAAGAAAUCAAACAAAUUUGUGUAUAUGUUAUUUUAGUUAUCUACUUGUUUUAAAGUCAAGCUUUAACACAUUAUUAAUUUUAUUGAGCAAAUCAUGUUACACAUAAAAAAUUCACCAUUAUGAGUUUCAAAAUGUUAUUAAAAUUGUCUUCCAUAUUAAUGUAUAAUAAAUACAAUAUCAGUAUUUUUUUAAUAAUUGUAAUGUUUCCUAGGUCAUUAAAGAAAAACUUGUGUUGUUUCCUCAUCCACAAUCAUGUUAUUAGGAAAAUACAAGAGAUAGUAUUCAAGUUGAAAGUACUUACACUUUUUUGUAUAACUCUUGAUGUCAUUUUUUUUUUCAAUAUUUUAAUUUUUAUUUUAUAUAAAGAAAUCAAAAUUGUAAGUCUAAGAUUUAAUUAUUUUCUGGUUGAUUAAAAUAUUGCUUUUUUUUCACCAGUAUGUCCUGCGCAUGUAAAAAGAAUGUUUUAUCUUAUAAUUAUUGUCAAAAUUUAUUUUAAUAAUAGAUGUUUAAAUUUGAAACUGUUUUUGUUCUAACAUUUGUUAAAAACAAACUGUUUUUGUUCUAACAUUUGUUAAAAACCAUGUUAAAAUGGGCAUUCGUGCAUUUUCAGAUAAACUUGGUCUAGAAAUAUUUUAACUAACCACCCUUGACAUUUGCACAAUCAUUUUUUUUUUACAAUGAAAUUUUAUAAGCCAGCAAGCAAUUAUAUUUUAUCAAGUCAAGCUGCAUUUCGAAUGUUAGUAUGAUGUGAUUCAAUCAUAAAGUCAAUACAAUUUGAAUCAAGAUUACUCUAUUACAAACUUUUCCUCUUUUUUUUCCCUCUCUGAGCAACUUCAAGUUCUCCUGACAAACUAUUUACGAAAUACAGUAUAACAUUACCAUAGAUAUGAGGCACAAGCAACCCUCUAGUGCCUUUAUUUUUCACAUUUUAUUAGUAAUUAUAAAUCGUUAAUUUCUUAAAAUUAACUCUAAAAAAAUUUUCUACAAAAUUAAUUAAAACCUCCAACUGUAUUAGGUCCUAUAUAUAUAUAUAUCUGGUCCUGAUGUUAAAAUAAGUUAUGUUGUUGAAUGUUAUAUUUGUAUUACUUCUACUUCUUCUAGUCAAUUACUUAGAUUCUCACUAAAAUGUGUUUACACUUACACUGAAUAUUUAAUAUAUAUACAUGUUUAUAUAUAUAUUUAUAUACAAUAAAUUAAAAUAUGAAUUUUC